ACGCGGCCAUUGUUGUGAAAUUCACCCACCAUAGUCACUUUAUUUUUGAUUUCGCUUUUGAUUUGUUCGAACUUAACUGAAAUGAGUGCCGAUGAAGGAGAGCAUCUGGAGGAGACGAGUGGCAAGAAAAAUGAUUUGGAAACUGUGACGUCUGGUAAACGAAAAUUACCUGAUGAGGAGGAAGCAAAUGUGGAAACCAGUGAAUCAAACAAACGAAGAAAAUCUGAGGACAAUCAUGCAACAACAAGCAACAAUAAUGUUGUUGUGAAAGAGGAACCAACGGAGCAGGAACCAGGGAAUGUGGAAACAGCGGCAGUUGAACCAGUGGUUGUAGAGCCUUCCAGUGAAGCAGAGCCGAGCAGCAGUAGCAACAUUCCAAUAGCCAUAAAAACCGAACCACUCACCAAUGCUGACAAUGACGUCAGUGCGGCUAUAUCAAGUUCCGGUACAAGCACAAGCGGUGCAGCUGUAAGAACGGAGCCAACCAUUGUUGUAAAAACGGAACCCACCAACAGCAAUCAGUCUCCGGCUCCGCCUGCUGAUUGCUCGGUCUCCUCGAGCACCUUGCGACCGUCUUGCCAUUUUGGCAUACGCUGCUACAGACAAAAUCCGGCACAUCGUAAUUCGGAGGCACACCCAGGUGACUCAGAUUAUCGGCGGCCCAGUUAUCCAAUGCCUCCAUUGGGCACGCCAAGCUGUCCAUUUGGGAACUCGUGCUAUCGCCGCAAUCCGAUGCAUUUCCAGCAGUAUUCCCAUCCGCCCGAUUUUAAUUCCGCCCAGAAUAUCAGCAAUCGUUUACGGGAACGACGCGCCCAAGCACAAAGUUCAUAUGUUGACGCUGAUCUCACAUCUGACGACGAGGAGGAGGAUCCAUUUCACGAAGAGGGUGGCUCUGAUUUGGAUUAUAAGCCGGGCGCAAAGGAAGCUGAUGACGAUGACGACGAGGAGGAGGACGAGUUGGAAUUUAAUAGCGAACGUCAGAAUUGUGAUGAAUAUGAUUAGCAUUAAUGGUUUAAAUCGAAAAACAAAUUUUAUAAAGGAAUGUUGUUUAAAUAUA